CCUUUUGACAGUGAGAACGACGACGGCUGCAAUCUAGAACUGACAAUUAACAGCACAGACGCGGGCGAUGUCGAGCUUCGACCCGCGCUCCCCAGGUUAUUAUGGCACGACGACGUAUUCGUCUGCCUCGAAUGACUCUGGUUCUGAUACCCCCCGCGCAUCCACAGAUUCAUCCGCCUCCCCAGGCCUCCUCCGACGCGUUGCAUUCAGUCCUCCCCGCUCUGAAAACAGCUUCGAAGGUCACGGUUACGACGACAGUUUCGCAGAACGCGCUGAAGUCGAAGCAGCUCUCACCGAGCUCGACCUUGACGCUGAGAUUAAUGCUACUCAGGAUGCCGUCUCCCAAUGGUCUUCUUCCCGGCCGUCCUACACAUCAUUCAGUACAUCUACUCCGUACAGUGGUACAGGGUCCUACACUGGCACUUCCGCUUCGUACUCGGCAGACACGGCAACAGCAACAGGAACCUAUGUCACACGCGACCCCCGCGUCCUGAGCACAAUCUCAGAACGCACCGAGAACCCCAGCCGGCCGACUUCCUAUGCCCAGAACCGUCUUUCUGCACACCGCCUAAGCGCAAUCUCCAACUCGCAUGCUCGGCUGGCUACUGAAGCCCCUGCUAACAGACUCAGCACGCACUCCCAAGGACAUACGCGUGGUACCCCAGAUCUGCCCACAACCAGCCGUCGCACGGGUGACCUUAUUGCAUUCUUCGAGGACCGUUCAGGUACCCCCAGCAAGGAAAAGGAGAGAACUACCAGCCCAUUUUUACCUACCACCCAGAGCACGCCGCAUUUAGGGAGUACCACGGGGUACACCUCAACUGGAUACGGCUAUACCACAGGAUUCACUUCGACUGGAUAUGGAUAUACUACAGGGACGGGGACAGGCGGAUAUACCACUACGGGCUACACCACGUCCCGCCCCUCCUCUCCCACUAAAAGCAGGUCCGAUGAUUCACGCUCCACAGUCUCGACUUCUUCAGGUGGAGGUGGGACCGACCUCAGCUUAUCGAGUUUGCUAAGUCCACCGGUCCGCGGGUUUGGCACACCUACCAGGACGUACAGCGCCGGCGGGACGGCGACAGGGACAGGGAGGACACAGCUAAGCCCAAGCGAUUUUGCGAGUACGUUUUCGAGUGCAUUUGGGGUUGCUAGGGGCAAACAGGAUGAUAUUACACCCACGCGCCAGACUCAGACCCAGACUGCCUUGCGUCGCAGCACCGCCCCUCUGAACGACACCAACACGAGCCCCAGGAGUCCGUUGACGAGCGUGCGGAACAUUGUAGCUGCGUGGAAGGAACGCACGCCAGGGCUAGGAAAAGUGAGGAGUGAGAGCAGUGAAGGUGGGAGCGAGUUGUCUCCGCCGGCGGUACCAAAGACGGAGGGUCUGUUCUCUCUUCGUAGACGCGCAUCACGUCAGGGGCCGCGAAGCCAGCUGCCAGCAACACCUGAUAGGAACGCUGGAAGGGGCAAUGUGCAUGGAGGCGACAACAAGAACAGGGAAAACGAAGCAAAUGCGGGCAGUGGAAACAAUGUAAUGAGGAGGAGAGUGAGCUCUACGAACAGCCUUAUACCUCCGCCUUUUGAUAUGACGGAUCUGGGGGGGCGAGAGAACCGGGAGCCCAUCCGCAUUGGCACCCUCUGGUAUCUGAAUGUUCACUCCCCAACACCUUAUCGCUGGGAAAAAUGCUCUGCACUGCUCUACCCGCACGUGCUUAUUCUUUCUUGGAGUGCCCCUGGGGGAGGCCGGGGCGUAGUGAGCUUGGAUCUGAUCAAUUGUACAGAAGUGAGGAGUACCCCUGGCUUUACACAUCCUGGAGCGAGAGGUGAUGUCGGGGGAGUGAGUGCAGCAGCGCAGGUGACCGACGACGGCGUGAGUCUCGUGGAAGUGUUGUGUCCGUUCCAGCUGUUAUAUGGUGAUGGUGUUGAGCGACUUGCGGCGGAGAGUGCGAGGGAGAGGGUGAGGUGGGUGAGCGCGGUUUGGGAAGCACUGGACCGUUCCUUGUCACUCCCCAAUCGCUCCGAAUCCGGUUCGCCUACAGGCAGCAUAGGCACCAUCCGUUCCAUAGCCUCUACCACUUCCACAUCUGCCGGAAGCAGGAGUACUGUGUUUGUACCUCCGCUGCAUACGAUCCCGAGUCUGUCGGAUCUGGGGAGCGAUUCUGGGGGGUUAAGUCUGAGUGCAGGUGGCCAGCGCACCAGGACCACAGAUGACAUGUCGUACCUUUACCCCUCUGACCCGCGUAUCAUCGCUCCAUCCCGAUCUUCAUCCUUGCGCCGCACCUCAUCCCUCACAGACCUCGACGAGGAGUUCGCUAGUGCCGUGUCGCGUGCUCGUUCUGCCAAGCCUGGUCUAGGCUUUGGCUUGAGCUUGGUCAACGAAAGUUUGAGUUCGGAAAGUGGCGGCAUACUGGGCGUGGGUGGGGGAAGCCCAGUGACGGUGAGCAGUGGCCCGAGAUUGGGGGGCGAUGUUCGUGUCACCCCGCCUCCCACUGGGAAGAUCAGGAAUCGAGCCCUCAGUGUCAGUGAGGAGGAAUUCUUCAGUGCCGGCUCGCGCACGUCCAGCGCGCUUGACUCUCGUCCCGUAUCCGACUUUUUCUCUGCAGACAGCUCCAGGACAAGCAGGAGUGGCGAUGGCCGGACAACGACCGGCUUAGUAACGGAUGGAACAGCAUUUGAUUUCACGAGCGGCGAGUCGAAUACGCAGAUCGUGCCGAGCACGCUGAGCUACAGACGCACGGAGAGUAACUCUUACCUUGGGGACUCGCAUGAUGGCAGUGGGAGCUAUACGCCAUACACAUCUAGCGAUGGGCGUUCGCGAACACCGUACUCGUCGAGCGACAGCCGGUCUAGAACGCCGUACACCUACUCCUCCAGUGGGUAUACGAGCAGCACGCCAUACACCUAUACGAGUGGUAGUUACGCCGUCACCCCCACCUCACCGUCCCUAUCUCGUACCCCUGAAGUUCGGAGACGGCGGUAUGGUGCAUAUUCUACGAGCGAGGAGCCGUCUGAUAGGGAGAACUCUGCGACGACGAGGUCAACGCUGAGCGGGUGGACAAGGAGCAGGACACCCACCACGACAACGGAAGCAUUUUUGGCGGUGGAGGAGAGGGACAGUAGUGGGAGUGAGGGAUACACCACAGCCUAUGCGUCGCCUAGCCCGAGCACUGCGUCAUUCAAGAGCCUUCCAACGAUCCCAAGCGAGUCGGACUAUCAGACAUUGGACACAUGCAAGACGUGCGUGAGCUCGGAGUUCGUAACUGCAGAGCGGUGCAUGAGUGACGUGGAGACAGAGUAUGUGACAGCGGAGAAAUGCAAGACCGAGACCGAAACGGAUUUCUGGACGGCGGAAGUGUGCAAGAGUGACAAGGAGGAGACGCAGUAUGAGACGGCAAGCGUAUGUCUUACGAUCCCGAGCGAAGAGGGGUUGAGUACACCGAGGUCAGGAUUGGCUGUAGAACUUCCUGCUGAAGAGCCCAUUGAAGAGCCCAUUCGCGAGGAACCCAUUCCUGGGCCCAUUCGUGUGAUCGUCCGCGAGCCCGUCCGCGAGACCAUUCACGAGGUCGUUCACGAGACCAUUCACGAGGCCAUUCACGAGACCAUUCGCGAGGCGGUUCACGAGACCGUUCGCGAGACCGUUCACCAGCACGUUGACGAGCCCAUUGACUUCGAGGAUGAGGAGGUGGAAGUAGAUCUGCCACCCACACCUCCCCCAAAGACACCGAGCGAAGUUCCCAGUAUUGUCUCUGAGGAACCGAGGCUGGAGGUAUCGAUCACGCCUGAGGCUGUCACUGCGCUGGAAGAGUUCGCAGAGGAUGACAGCCUGCUGGAGAGUGCCCCACCUACUACAGAGGUGCCCGAGACACCGACGCCCAUUGUCAGUUUCCACACCGACUCGUCAUUAUCAUACACCGAGAGCGAUCUGAGCCCCGCACAACCAGAACUUGACACGUCUGUCUCGACUUUGACAGAGUCGACAGAGCCCUUCGUCAGCGCGACACCUCGGACCGUACAAACUACAGCUCUCUCGAUAUCUGAGCCUGAUGAGGAGGCAGUCACUCCAUCUGUGCACCCGUCUCAAUGGCCUUCUGAGACGGACGUGUCGUUUGAUUCGUCUGCAUUGCAGCCCACCCCUAGUGUGCAGAGCGUCGUAUUGCAGGAGGGUAUCGAUGGCAGCUUUGAGACGUCGUUUAUGCGCCCGAGUGUAUCGCCGCUGAGCAGUAUUGCUAGGCUGACACCUAUCACAGAGACUAUUUCUUCUCUUACACCGUCUCCUAGACAGAUGUUUCAUCAACCAGAGUUGGUGUCUUCGCCAUCCAGUGGACCGACUCCGCUGACGAUGUCGACGAGCGCAUCGAGUUCGCUAUCAAGGACCGCAUCUACCGUGAGCGGUGUGUCGAGCAUUGCCGUUGAGGCAGAGGAAGAAGAUGUAGUGAGUGUGAGAGCUGCCAGUGACAUUUCGACAGUUCCGUCCUUGCUGUCGACGAGAAGUCAGGAGUCAGUGCGAUAUAUGCCAAUACCCUCCCCGUGGGCUGUGCCUCUCCCGGUAUCCCCUGCCCCUACUUCGGUGUCGAUGAGCGUCAGUGUGACGACACCUCAUGAUGAUGUUCCUUCCAUACAUUCUGUCCUUGAGACGGAACACACGCGCACACACACUGAGCAAACCAUCACGCACGAUAUUGACCGUCUUCUUCACCAUAUCCAAGAGAUCGACCAGUUCCGAGGCGAGGAAACGCAGGAAAUCGCAGAGAAUGUACGUGCUAUCCGGGACGAACUGUAUGAUUUAUCGGAGUACGUCCGUACGAACCUCGUCGUGGAGAGACCGCCACCUGUGCCAACCAGAGACACGUCUGUCGGGGGCAGCAGUGUGCUCUCGACACCUAGAGGACCGCGCCCGAGGCCGGGUAUUACCCUUGUCGAGAUGUCUCCACCCCCUAUGCACCCAUCUUCCCCGAGUUCUGUCAACUCAGUCAUGUCGUUCUUGUCUUCGCAUCACUCGGAUGAUGACUUGAGUCUGUUGGAAACGGAGUUGGAAGCAGAGACUAUGGAACGCUCACAUUUAAUCUCUGGGGAGCCAUCUUGGCCCUCCUCCUCAUCAUCGUCCUCGGUCACUCCAUCUGAGAUUUCUUCCAGCGACCCUUCCCCUGGUCCCAGCUUGUCGGCGACAUCUUCGUCAACACCCACUCCUCCACCUUCGUCACCGACACCUUCGUCACCAACACCUUCGACAGCGUCAGCCGCCACUGUGCGGCAGCGCGAUAGCAUUACAAUCGAGACGCUAAGAGACAUGCUGACCUCGUUGAGAGAGCAGACGACCGCGCUUUGGGAGGGCCAGGUGUCUACAAAUCAUAUGUUGGACGAGUUGCGCGAGACACGCGUAGGUCCUCUGGACACCACAGAGUUCAACGAGCGGCUUCAGGCCAUCGAGGUUCUUUUGCGUCAACUCAUCGAUAGACGGGUCGAGACUGAACGACCAGUCCCCAUCCAGCCCCCAUCAGAGUCUAUUUCUGACGUUGGUACUGAUCCGGAUGCAGAGGAUUUCCAGCAGCGCUGGCAGGACUGGACGCGGCUCCUGAGGGACCGUAUUCCUCUUGCUGCACCCCAGCCACGCAGAGCUCGUGGAAAUCUUGACGAUGAACUGCUUGCGUUAUUGCAGGCACCUCCGCCUCAAGUGCCUAUAGGAGUCCAGCCGCCUCCAGCAUUGAUCCCCUUUGCUUACCAACCUGCGGCACGUCCUCCAAGGUCCAGGAGUACCAGUCCCAUAGCACGGCCUGCGACGUAUCCGAUUGCUACAGAGCCGGUGGUGUUCUCGCCCGAGACUCCACACGCACCUUUCCCUGGUGUUCAUCGUAUUCCACGUGGCGGUCGAAGACCGCGCAACCCACCUGCAACUGAGACUGAGACAGUAUUUUCAGGCGCACCUGGGCCACGUAUUCCCCAACCUGUUGGGACGGCACCACCACCACCCGGAGUUUUUUCCGAUCCCGCACGUCCACGCCCGCCUACUAAUAUUCCUCCUCCUCAGCCUAUCCCCUGGCUCGGAAGACCUCCGAGCGCGCCUGCUAACCUUGAACCCAAUGACGACACUCGCGAUCAUCAAACCUGGUACCGUCCUCGGAGAGCAGAUGGCUCGGGCAUGCCUCCUCCGCCUGUUAUCCCUGGCCAACAAGGUGGUCGCCAAUACGUGCCAAUGCCUCCGGGACCAACCGUAGUGCAAUUGCCACUUUUUGAUACAUUGAUGAACAUCCUUCGAGAACAUCGUCUCGCGCAACUGGCGACUGUGGAUCAACAACGAGAAUUGAUGAGGUACAUGCGAGGCCUGAAUGAAUGGCUCGAAAGGGACGUCCAGGACCGUCAAGCAGAGUUACGGGGGGUGACCGCUCGUGUCGAUGAACUCAGAAACGACCUUGCACGACUGGGAUUAGGGAUGCAGCCCGGCGUGCAACCAGGUGUGCAACCAGGUGUGCACCCAACCAUGCAAAUGCCGCAACCUCAAAUUCCCCAUGGAGUGAUUCCCGUUGGACCCGUCCCACCUCCACAUAUUCUUGGUCCUCCUCUUGGAUUCGUUCCUCAACCGGCCCCAGAGCCUCCUGUCAUCCCCACCUAUGAAGGUUCUCCUCAGCCAGGCCAAUAUACUCCUUUCAUACCCGAUGAACCUCAAUGGCGCAGGCAGGGCAUGCCACAACCUCAGCAUUACGGUCCAGGUCAAGGACCAGUAAUCCCGGAUGCUUAUGAUGAUUUCCCCCAACGAAUGCACCCCGCUCAGUACGAGCAUCGCCCUCACGACGAUGAUGAAGGAGUCAUUCCUACAAGGCCUCCUUCAGAGUCUAGCGACAAUGAAUACGGGAGGCCAGUCAGGAUCGAACAUCCCACAAUCAUAGUUGAACACAGUGAUGCUCAACACAGUGAUGAAGGAAGGAGUGAGGCUAGCUCGAAUACCCAACAUACUUAUGCGCAACAACCUCACUCACCUCGCUCACACCAUGUACAUCACGAUCCGGAGGGCGGUCACCAAGGAGAUAUCCCUAUCGUUGUACAUUCAGAGGAGCAUCCACACAGUCAUGGUAGCCCUCCGCCUCAGACUAUCAAUAUCAACAUGCCUCCACAACAGCCUGCCGCACCCCCCCCUCAAGUAGGCGUGGCAGAUCAGCCUCCGCCAUCGCAGCCCUUUCAGUAUGGACUAGCGCCCAUGCAGCCCUCUCAGUAUGGACCCGCUGGGAUACCACCGCCAGGCACGUACGGCCCUGGAGGUCCUCCCGUGAUAGUUCACCCACCCAGGUCUAGGUCCAGUUCCAGUUCCGGGAGAUCAAGAGACGUAGUGGUGAUACCGACAAGUCCUCAUGGUCAUCCGUCCACCCCUGUCGUAUUGCCGUCGCCAGAUCACAUUCAAUAUGUCGACAGACCUCCCACUCGUCAUGACUUUCCUGUUGGUGUUGCUGGAUCGGGUGGUCCGCCAGUAGUCGUGGUGCCUGGUACCGUGGCACAAGUUGAUCGUUCACGAUCUCGGUCUCGAUCACCUCGUGGACACAGAGAUCCAUACUACGAUCGUUAUGAUCGACGAGGCCGACACCCUGACUCUCCUGAAUAUUACCCAAGACGUGGAUAUGACCGUCGACGCUACUCACCUGAAUAUUACCCCCGUCGCCCUUAUUAUGACGACUACUUUCCCGGGGACCGCCAUCGACGGGGAGGGCGGUACGAUGAUUACUCGCGGUCGCCACCGCCACGACGAGGCGAAAGACAUAGAGAUGAUGACCGCCGUCACCGCCCACAUCGUCACGGAGACUCCAAUUCACCCUCUCCAACCGAAGAAGGAGACGCAGAACGCAGACGCGGGAGAGGCGAUCACUCCCCUCGUCGUCCUCGUCACAGCCGUCCCAGUUCUGACGAAGACGACCACUCACACUCACGGCCUCACAGAACUGCCUCCAGAACCCCUACUCAUUUUACAGGAGGACAUGUACCUAGUCAUAGCAUCCCUACUCAUUUUACAGGAGGACAUGUACCUAGUCAUAGUAUCCCUGUUUCUCCGCGGUUUGAGGAUCCUCCUCGAUCGCCCAGUCAGCCAACUAUCAUCAGGCUUGAUGAACCAAGGCAGCACCCUGGAUCGCAUAGCGGACCUGUGAUCGUGACUCCGGGAGUACAACCAGGUGUGUACGUUCCAACUGUACAUUCCGAAGCUGGGCGGUCACAUCCUCGAACUGAAAGGGAUGACGAUGCUGGACGAUCACAUCGUCGAACCCCUUCUGAAAGGGAGGACGAUGCUGGACGAUCACAUCGUCGGACACCUGAAAGGGAUGACGACGCUGGACGAUCACAAUCACAUCGUCGGACACCUUCUGAAAGGGAUGACGACGCUGGACGAUCACGAUCACAUCGUCGGACACCUUCUGAAAGGGAUGACGACGCUGGACGAUCACGAUCACAUCGUCGGACACCUGAAUGGGAUGAUGACGCUGGACGGUCGCACCAUCGAACACACUCCCCAAUGGACCACGACGGACGGUCGCAUCAUCGCACGCCUUCUGCAAUGGGUCACGAUGAUAGACUACACCAUCACACGCCUUCCGCAAUGGACGAUGAUGGACGGCCACACCAUCAAACCCCAAUGGAACACGACGACAGACAGCCAUACCAUCGACCGCCUCUUACAACGGAAGACGAUGCUGGACGGCAUCGUCGAACACCGACUGCAAUGGGUGACGCAGCUGACCCACAUACACGUCGCGGUGCUUCGCGAGUUCCAGAUGACGAAGCUGACCCACAUGGACAACGUAGUGCUUCGCGAGUUCCGUCACGCGCAGGAUCGCACGCAGGAGGCGUGCCACCAUCUAUGCGGGAUGAUGAUGAUGUCCACUCACAGAGCGAGAUGGUUCAUGUCCUACCACCAGGUCACACUCCUAGUCAUGAUCAUGGCCUACCGCCGGGUCAUGCUCCUAGUGAUCAUGUGCACUUUGACCCAGCGACUACCGGGUUUGAUGAUGCCCUCCAACAACGGCAUCAACGACUGGAUGAAGCAGAGCGCGAACUCACUCAAGUUGUUCAUGAGGCUCAUGAGGCUGAAAAUCGUCGUGAAGAAGAGUUCCGACACAAUGAAGACGAAAGAGAGCAUGCCUUCCUCCAAAACGAAGAUCGUCGUGAGGCUGAGGCAAGACAGCGCGGUGAUGCGCUAUUUGCUCAGCUGGAAGAGAGGGCGCACAGUGUACCUCCUCUGCCGGUCCCUCCACCUGGAUCUGGAGAUAAUGCUUCCAUCAUCGAAUCGAUUCACGCAGCUUCUGUGGAAGCAGCUACUCGUCAUUCCUCGGACAUUUUGCAAACAGUUCAACUCGAGCGCGAGCAAUUUGAUCGCGAAAGGGAGUAUUUUGCAUCCGAGAGGGAGCGGGAACGUGCUGAGUUUGCCGACGAGCGUGCUCGCAUGGAUGAAGAGCGCGAACGAAGGGUUCAUGAUCUGGAAGAAGAGCUUGCACGCGUUCGUGGGGAGCUUGACGGUGAAAGGCAGCUACGACUGACUGAGAACGAGGAGCGGGCGGCUGCCAAUGAACGUGACGAUGGCAUGCGCGCGCAAUUGGGCGAUAUCACACAGUUAGUUUCGGAGCAACGGGAUGAGUGUGCGAGGAAGAGGGAGCUUAUGGAUCAGCGAUGGGAAGAGAAGCAGGGCAGGCGUGCUGAGAAAGAUGCGCAGUUCCAUGAACUGAAGGAUAUGGUCUCCAGGCUCAUUCAAGACCGUGAGGCGGAUCGAAUUCAAGAGGAAGAGCGGAGGCAGCGAGAGGAGGGCAAGCCCGACAUUCAAGUGGUGCUCGAUGAGCUUACCCGGCAAAAUAGCGAAAUGAGGGAGGCGCUCCAAGCUCUUUCUGAGGACUGGCGGGCUGAAGGCGAGCGGCGGCAUGAAGACACCCUUGAAGCUGUCCGUGCUACUGCCCGAGAGCAAGUCCCAUUCAAUGUGCAAGUGUAUCUUGAUGAAUUCAGCAAAGCACUCGCGACCGAGGUCCGGAUGCUCCUUGGAGAAGUCGGCAAGCUUCGUGAAGAGCGCCGUAAUAUCCAACAUGAACUUGGAUAUCUAAUGAUGAUGAGAGCUAAAUACGGACCAGGAGGGGAGUUUGAUGCUGACUGGUAAGACGCCUUGAUCAUC